CGCCGACGGAAAUUACAUCAGCAAUCAUAAAAUAUCAAAUCCAUGCCGGUGUAGUUCGAACCACUGAUGUGGCGGGCUCGUCUAUGAUUGACAGCGGGCUCGUCCAAUAGGAGUUGGUAUUUACGGAUAUGCCGGUGCGGCGGACCAAUCAGCGGCAGCCAUAGGCGUGCUCGCUCAGUCUGUACUUUCCUUCUGGUCGAGCAGCGUGGACUAAAGCUGUGUGUUUGGGAGCAGUGACUGAUUCAAUCUGCGAGAAUAGCAACUUCCAGAGCUGGUCAGAAUGGACUCCUCAUUGAGUGCAGCCCAAAUCCGUGAGAAGUUCAUUGACUUUUUCCGCCGCCAUGAGCACCAGUACGUCCACUCCUCAGCCACCAUCCCCCUGGAUGACCCCACGCUGCUCUUUGCCAACGCUGGCAUGAACCAGUUCAAGCCCAUCUUCCUCAACACCAUCGAUCCAUCCCACCCGAUGGCAAAGCUGCACCGUGCAGCUAACACCCAGAAGUGUAUCCGAGCAGGAGGCAAACACAAUGACCUGGACGACGUGGGAAAAGAUGUCUACCACCACACCUUCUUUGAGAUGCUGGGGUCAUGGUCCUUUGGUGACUACUUCAAGCAAUUGGCCUGCGAGAUGGCCUUGGAGCUGCUGACCAAGGAGUUUGGCAUUCCCAUAGAACGUCUGUAUGUCACCUAUUUUGGAGGUAGUGCUGAAGCAGGCCUGGAGCCCGACCUGGAGUGCAAACAGAUCUGGAUUGAUUUAGGCAUGGCUGAGGCUCGCAUCCUUCCCGGCAGCAUGAAGGAUAACUUCUGGGAGAUGGGAGACACUGGUCCCUGCGGUCCCUGCAGCGAGAUCCACUACGACCGCAUCGGAGGAAGAGACGCUUCUCACCUGGUGAACAUGGACGAUCCCAAUGUGCUGGAGAUCUGGAAUCUGGUGUUCAUCCAGUUCAACAGAGAGUCAGAGACAGAGCUGAAGCCGCUUCCGAAGAAGAGCAUUGACACAGGGAUGGGUCUGGAGCGGCUGGUGUCUGUGCUGCAGAACAAAAUGUCAAACUAUGACACCGACCUCUUCAUUCCUUAUUUUCAAGCUAUUCAGAAGGGUACAGGAGCUCGCCCUUACACAGGUAAAGUGGGCGCUGAGGAUGUCGACGGUAUUGACAUGGCCUAUCGUGUGCUGGCUGACCACGCCCGUACCAUCACCAUCGCCCUAUCAGAUGGUGGCCGGCCUGACAACACAGGAAGAGGCUACGUGUUGAGGAGGAUCCUGCGUCGUGCUGUUCGUUAUUCCCAUGAAAAGCUGGGAGCUCAGAAAGGCUUUUUCGCCACUCUGGUGGACGUGGUGGUUGAUUCACUGGGUAAUGCAUUCCCAGAGUUGAAGAAAGACCCUGAAAUGGUGAAGGAAGUUAUUAAUGAGGAGGAGACGCAGUUCCUCAAAACACUCAGCAGGGGGCGCCGUAUCCUAGACAGGAAGAUCGUGAGCCUGUCGGACUGCAAGACUAUUCCAGGUGACACAGCAUGGCUGCUGUACGACACAUACGGUUUCCCUCUGGACCUUACGUCCCUCAUUGCAGAGGAGAAAGGCAUGGUGGUGGACCUGGCUGCUUUUGAGGAGGAGAAGAAGGCAGCACAGUUAAAAUCCCAAGGUAAGGGCGCAGGCGACGAGGACCACAUCAUGUUGGACAUCUACGCCAUUGAUGAGCUGAGAAACAAAAAGGUUCCUGCCACAGAUGACUCUCCUAAAUACAAGUACACCUCGGAUCAAAACGGAAACUACACCUUUCAGCAGACCAUUGCCACAGUCCUGGCCCUCCGUCGUGACCGCGCCUUCUUCGACGAGGUGACGACGGGUCAGCAGUGCGGCGUGUUGCUUGACCAGACAUCCUUUUACCCAGAGCAGGGCGGACAGACUUUUGAUGAGGGCUACAUGCUGCGAGAGGAUGACAGCACAGAGGAUCGCACAGAGUUCACAGUGAAGAACACGCAGGUCAGAGGAGGUUAUGUUCUCCAUGUGGGGACAGUCUACGGCACACUGAAGGUUGGAGACCGCGUUACCUUACGUGUGGAUGAGGCUCGUCGCAGGCCCAUCAUGAGCAACCACACUGCCACACACAUCUUAAACUUUGCCCUGCGGGGGGUUUUGGGCGAGGCAGACCAGAGGGGUUCUCUGGUUGCUGCAGAUCGCCUGCGCUUUGACUUCACAGCUAAAGGUGCUCUGAGUACAGGAGAAGUCCGACGGACUGAGGAGAUUGCUUGCGCUAUGAUAAGAGACGCAAAGGAGGUGUACGCCAUGGAUGCUCCGCUCGCAGAGGCCAAGGCCAUCCAGGGUCUGCGUGCUGUGUUUGAUGAGACCUACCCUGACCCCGUCAGAGUUGUGUCUAUUGGUAUUCCUGUCGAGGAGCUGCUGAAGGACCCCAACAGUGCUGCUGGUGCUCUCACCUCUAUAGAGUUUUGUGGUGGAACCCAUCUGCGGAACUCGGGUCAUGCAGCACCGUUUGUCAUCGUCUCAGAGGAGGCCAUCGCUAAGGGCAUCCGCCGUAUUGUUGCUGUGACAGGAACAGAGGCCCAGAAGGCCCAAAGAAAAGCAGAUUCCCUGCAACAGUCUCUGGCCACUCUGGGAGUCAAGGUGAAGCAACAAAAGGCUCCAAACAAGGACAUCCAGAAGGAGAUCGCAGACAUGACAGAGUCGAUAGGCACAGCAGUGAUCUCCCAGUGGAGGAAGGACGAGAUGAGGGAAUCUCUUAAGGGUCUGAAGAAGAUCAUGGACGACCUGGACCGCAGCUACAAGGCUGACAUCCAGAAGAGGGUCCUAGAAAAGACCCACGAAGUGAUCGCAGGCAGCCCAAACCAACCCCUGCUUAUCAUGGUGAUGGAGAGCGGAGCCUCAGCCAAGGCUCUGAAUGAUUCACUGAAGCUGCUGAAGACACAAUCCCCUCAGACUGCUGCGAUGCUCUUCACAAUCGACCCUGAGGCUGGCAAGAUUAUCUGCCUGUGUCAAGUCCCAGAGGAAGUGACAAAACGUGGUCUGAAGGCCAACGAGUGGGUUCAGGAGAUUUGUCCCCUGGUGGAUGGCAAAGGAGGCGGCAAGGACAUGUCAGCCCAGGCCACAGGCAGGAACACACAGGGCCUGCAGGAUGCGCUAGAGGUGGCUAAUGAGUUCGCACGUCUCAAACUGGGAGAGAACUAAGAGCAGAGGGGGGUGGAGAGAGGAGAUAUACUGUGAUGGUGAAGGAGUCUUGCCUGAGUAGACUUCAGAUAACAUUCUCCUUCCAGCCUCCUGUCCUCUCUCUCUUCUUCUACCUUUCGGUCAAAAGAUUAGAAAAACUCCCAGGUUGGUAUCUCGCUCCUGCAAUAAAGACAGAUGACCACUGACACCCAGCAAGCGCUUAAUGAGCCACUUUUUUUUUUUACUGGGACUGUGAUUGCAAAUUGGCACCUGUAAAAUUCUUCUCUGUAAAAAAUCUUUGGAUGAAGAUCCUCAUUAGUCGUCUAAUAAGUUAGAUAAAUCCUAGCGUCUCCCCUUCAUUAAUUCCUGAUUAACUAGAAGAGAAGACAAGGGUUUAACUCUUUUUGGAUUCACUUCCUAUGAGAUCCAUACUGCUCAGGUGAAGCAUCCCAAAUAGUGAAAUUGUCUCUUGAAUAACAUCCAUCUUGUCUCUGUGUUUGUGUCUCAACUCUGCUUUUUCUAUCGACCCCCAAAGCACCUUGUCUUGAUCCCCCGCAGGUUUUGGCUCUCUGUACCUCUUAAGCUCAGCCUCUAAAAGACAAGUAAAGCACAAAACCAGCUCUUAAAUAAUUUAGCUACAGUGUACACAGUCUGUCCUGUGUUGGCUGACUGCUUUUGAUCUGAUCCCUGAGCAUUGGCUCCAUCCGUCUGUGUGGGUGAAAGCCUUGGUUCUUCCCUGUGAUUGGUUCGACACAAGUUGUACGAACAGUAACUGUCUUUUCAAAUAACAAGCCAUGAUCUGUCCACAGGUUUGAUUAAGUAAAUUAAAAGCUCACUAAUAAUAUAAAUGAUCAUGAAAAUGUCCCUCAAUAAAUCUGUGUAACUUCAUCCCUCUGACAUUUUAGAUCUGUUGAAUGCAGGAUGUGGAUAUUGAUGUUUUACAUCGUUGUAGCUGUUCAUGUGUCAAAGAAAAAUCACCUCAUGGGGUGGUAAUAAAUACUUCUGGUAAAUGCCAA